AUGGGGUUGUUUGGAUUGGGAAAUUAAUGAUUCCGAUUUUGACAAUUAACGAGUUCCAAUUUACACAAUUUUGAAUUUAAUGCUAUUGAGCGUCAAACAUGUUAGACUUGUCAAGAAAGUGGGAGUCCUAUUUUUCUUUAUAUUCAAACAUUGCACUCCAUCAACAGGAUUGAGGUGUGAGGCUCAAUAGAUUGUGGUUCAUCUUUCUCUCCUCCAUUUUAGACUGUUUUUGUACACUAAAAUGGCUUCUGGAGCAGUAUUGGCUUCUAAUACUUGCUAUCUCAGCAUAGGGGAAAUGAUGAAUCAUGGAAUACCAGAAGAUAAUCUUCGUUACUCGGGUUUGUUUAAAAACUACAAUAAGGUUAAGACUAGGAAACUUACUAGGUUUCGAGUUAGAAUGCAGAAGAGGGAAUUGCCAUCGUCACAAUUAGGCAGGUAUGGUAGAGUUAUCAAAAUGGUACCUACUAGUGAAAUCAGAAAAGGGACGUCGCCAUCUGUGGAUAAGCCAGAGAUUGUGAAUGGAUAUGUGAAGAAGGUUAAUGGUGUUCAUGUAGCUGCUGUACGAAGCCUUGUUAAGAAAGAUCCUACUCCGCCUCCUUCAAAGUUGUCGAGGCUUAAAGAACUUCCCCCCAUUGAAGAAGGGAUUAAGGUUUUGCCUUCCGAUGAAAGCUUUAGUUGGGCUAACGAAAACUAUAACUCCGUUCAAAGAACUAUUGAUGUGUGGUUGUCUCUUCUUUCACUGAGAAUCCGUGUUCUGUUGGAUGAUGCAAAAUGGACAUACAUAGGAGGCUUUUCUGAGGAGAAGCAGAAGCAGCGAAGAAGGAAAACAGCGUCAUGGUUAAGGGAGUGCAUUCUGCAACUCGGGCCAACUUUGAUCAAACUCGGGCAGCUACUGUCGACAAGAUCUGAUAUACUUCCUAAAGAGUAUGUGGAGGAGCUUUCUAAACUGCAGGAUAGGGUACCGGCUUUUACAUCAAGUAAAGCGAAAAAAUUGAUCGAAAAGGAAUUGGGAACUCCAGUUCAUGUGUUAUUUAAGGAGUUUGUGGACCUACCGUUGGCAGCUGCUAGUCUUGGUCAGGUUCACAGGGCAAUCCUGCAUAACGGAGAGAAAGUGGUUGUGAAAGUCCAAAGACCAGGGUUGAAGAAACUUUUCGACAUCGAUCUCAAAAAUCUAAAGCUAAUUACUGAACUCUUUCAAAAGAGCGAAACAUUUGGUGGCCCAUCGAGGGAUUGGGUUGGGAUAUAUGAAGAAUGUGCCAGGAUUUUGUAUGAAGAAAUUGAUUAUGUAAACGAAGCAAAGAAUGCUGAUAGAUUUCGUCGCGAUUUUCGGAAUAUAAAGUGGAUCCGAGUUCCUAUGGUCUACUGGGAUUAUACAGGACUAAAGGUUUUAACGUUGGAGUAUGUUCCAGGUAUCAAGAUAAACCAAUUGGAUAUGAUAGAUGCAUAUGGUUAUAGUCGAUCCAAGAUUUCAUCACGGGCCGUUGAAGCCUACUUAAUUCAGAUACUCAACACCGGUUUCUUUCAUGCUGAUCCUCAUCCCGGAAAUCUUGCUAUUGAUCGGGAUGAAGCACUAAUAUACUACGACUUUGGUAUGAUGGGAGACAUUAGGAGCUUUACUAGAGAUAGGCUAUCAGAUCUCUUCUACGCUGCUUAUGAAAAGGAUGCAAAAAAGGUUAUGCAAAGUCUGAUUGAUCUUGGAGCACUUGAGCCCACAGGAGAUUUGACAUCAGUGAGGAGAUCAGUGCAGUUUUUCUUGAAUAAUCUGCUAGACAAAAGAAUUACUCAAGAGCAAACAUUGUCAGCAAUUGGUGAGGAUUUGUUUGCUAUAGCAACAGAUCAGCCAUUCCGGUUUCCUUCCACUUUCACUUUUCUUAUCAGAGCAUUUUCAACACUGGAAGGUAUCGGCUAUACUCUGGAUUCGGAUUUUUCAUUUGCAAAGAUCGCUGCACCAUACGCACAGGAGCUCUUAGGAAGACGAUAUCAGCGGACAGGAACACAACUAGUCCAAGAAAUAUCUAAACAAGCCGAUGAUGCAAGAUCACACACGAUCUCCAUGCCUUACCGCAUCCAACAGAUAGAAGAAAUUGUGAAGCAACUCGAGUCUGGAGACUUGAAGCUCCGCGUUCGUGUCCUUGAGUCGGAAAGAGCAGCUCAGAGAGCGAGUGUGCUGCAGAUGGGAACCAUAUACACAGUUGUGGGUGGAAUCCUCCUUAACCUUGGGCUUACUUUGCGCGUUCAAGGCAGUCGAGCAGUGGCCAACGCCUCGUUUAUAGUUGCAGGUUUUUUCUUCAUUCUAUUUGUCAGAUCAAUUCAAAAGGUGAAGAAGCUUGAUAGAUUUGAGAAAAUGAUAUGAUCAUACAUACUUUUUGAUUAUCUCUUUAAAGCCAUUCAUUAUAUAAUCAGAUUAGGAGGGAUGGGAGCACCUUUUUUGGGGGAUUCUUGUAAUGCACAGUUCUUUACAUUUCAUAUGUAAUGAUAAAUUAUUGAGUACUUUUAA